AUGUCCUCCGUCCUCAACGCCCCCGCCGAGAUUUAUGAUCCCCGUCACCCACCUGUACGACGCUUUGCAAAGGACAAAACCAAACGUAUUUUACGACACGUGCUUUCAGGGCUACGGUUCCUCCAUGAGAAUGACAUAGUUCACGGCGACCUUCAGUCCGGCAACAUUCUCUUCGCUCUGCGGGACCUCACUCAUUUCGAGCGCCAGGUGCUUAAGCAAGCCGAGGACUCUACAAAUAUCGACCACUUGCAGCGCAUUGAUGGCAAGCCUGACAAAUGGGCUCCCAAAUACCUGGCUGUGUCUGAGCCCUUGUCGGAAUUCGCGCUCACAGGGCAAGAUGAAGUGACAAAGCUUUCGGACUUAGGUGGAGACGAUCCGCCGCGCUCAGUUGUGACUCCGGUAUCUUUACGAGCACCCGAGGCAAUCCUGGACGAAGCCUUCGGCACUGGGAUCGAUAUUUGGAGUUUCGGUUGUCUCACCUACGAACUCAUCACAGGCGUGGCCCUAUUUGAACUCCCUCCUUUCGGUCUUAGCGACAACGGUGUCAAGGAUGAGCACCUGAUACAGCUAACUGACAUCAUCGGAUCGCUGCCAGAGAAUCUGUCGGCAAAAUGGCCGAAUGCAAUAAAGUACUACGGCUCAGAUGGAGACCGACUUGAUGCGCGCCCAAUGGACUUCGAAGAAGACUUCUCCGAGGACGGAAACUCCGAGCACAGCCUAUCAGAUGGUGGAGCAGACAAAUUCGGUGAUGGCGCUGACGAUAUGGAGGUGUUUGAAUUCGACGCAGGCGAGCGCGGACCGCCCCAACUUCAUGAGACCUUGGAGCAGCUUAUAAAAGCCCACAAGGCAGAGGAUGUGGAUGAUGACGAGGAAAAGCAGAUCAUUGCCAUGCUUAGAUCUAUUUUCCAGUACGAUCCUUCGCAUCGCCCCUCAGCAGCAGCUUUACUUGAGAACACUUGGCUGGCUACACCGAUUGCAGUAGGAGGAAGCCAGGAAGAAGCGGAGAGCUAG